GUGUCUGAUGGCGCUCGUCAGCUGGAGCUGCGGGUCGAAGAGCUGCAGAAGCAGGUGAUGGAGGAGUUGGAACAGUUAGCAGAGCAGCAACAGUUGCUGACCAAGGUCAAGCCAGGGCAGCUUGUAAAGCCGGAGGUCCAGGACUUGGAGCAGAACGUUGAGCGCUUGGCGGUCCAGGUGGCGGAGGAGCUGCAGGAGCUGCAGAUGCAUCAAGGCGAACUCGGCAAGGUUCGGGUUCGCCUUCAAAGCACCGACCCGGGCAAGGGCUCUGCACAUGUCCAGGUCGAACGGAAGAUCUCGGAGCUGCAAAACAAGGUUCUUGAAGAGUUGGAUGCUUUGGGCAAACAGCAAGAAGAACUCGGCAGGGCCAAGGUCACCAUGGCAGAUCUGUCUGACCGUGUCCAGCAAGCGGUUGCCACCGUCACUGAAUGCAAGAAGGUGACGCUCGGAAUGGAGGAACGGCUAAAGCGGCUAACUUCCGAGGAGGCUCCUGCCUCGCUCGGACGGAACGGCAAGGCCCCUCCAAGAGACCAGGGCCUCAAGGAGACAGCCGAGCUGCCAGGCAGCGACGUGGAUGACAGCUAUGGGGCUGAUGACUUCGAGGAGUCCGCCGAGGAUGCCAGCAUGUCCGAAGAUAAAGCUGCUGGGGGCAAAUAG